GCUUACUGCUCAUUGUAGUCAUGAAUGAUACAUUCGACAGUUACGCUACAUUGGAAGAAGCAAAAAAGUUUAUGGAGAUUCUUCAGCAGCAAAGGUGGGAUAUGGAAGAAGUUGAUCAACUUCCAGAUAUGAUGCAAAUAGCCUAUCAAACUAUUUUUAGUGUAUUAGAGAAGUUGGAACAACAUAUAUCGAAGCAAGGGCGGCCGUAUGCCGUUUCUUAUUUCAGAGGAGCAGUAAGCACAUAUUUGCAGAAGGCUCAGCUAUUUAUACAUCUCAAUCAAAGCUGUUGUUGUUCUUCAAGAUCGAAAAUUCAGAAAUAACAAGAAUGAACAUACAUACAGGGUCUUUAAGAAAAGGAUAUUGAGUGAA